AUGGCGUCCACAUCACCACCGCCAGAGGACGGCGCUACCAAGUCCAAGGACCAGCCAUCUCAACCCCCGGUCCUUGCCAUCGUCAGGUCGAACGCUUCCAACCUCCCACGCAAUCUGCCAGUCAAGAGGUACGAUGGCGACCCGCUCGGACGCGUCGACGUUCAACAUGCUCUUCUCUGCUGGCUCUUCUCCGACACACGAAGGGUCUUCACCAACCCGAGGCCCGGCGAUCCAUCUCAACCGUCAGCGAGCGGCUCUGUUGCUGCGAGUCCGAACGCCGUGCCUGCACCCGUCUUUCCUUUCGGCAUGUCAGCGGGCUGUAUCAGGCGCUGCGGAGAAACUCAAGAGGAGUACGAAGAGUGGAAGCAGAGGAGAGAUCGCUACAUGCGGUGGAAGAAGCGAAUCGCUCGCAAGGAGAAGCUCGAGCGCAAGGCUGCCGCUGCGGCUGCCGGCUCCUCGGAAGAUGCCGCCAACGCGAACGAGGAGAGGGACGAGCUAGCUGAAGGCAACAACGAGGACGGAACUGCUACAGCCCAAGCCGAGGAAGAAGAGGAGGACGACGAGGAUCUUGGCGACGAAGGCGAGCCACUGGACGAAGACGAAUAUCCGAAAGCUGGCGCGGCCAAGCUCACCUUCAAAGAGCUCUACAUCGAGUCGCUUCUCAACAGCGGCAAGUGCACAAAGUCGAUGCGCGACAAGAUCCUUGCUGACGAAGAGUACGCGGAAGACUUCGCUAAAGUCUGUCUCCUGGUCAACGUCGGCCGCAUCAACACCACGCUCGCCUUCUACCCGGAGAUGAAGACGGUAUUGCGCUCGUACCACCCUAUCCCCUCUUUGCAGAACAAUGAAAACACCAGACGCAACAUGCAAGAUGCGCCUCGCAUGAAGUCGCUUCUCAAAGGCGUUCUCAUCGACACCGAGCGACCUGCUCCCCCUACCGCAGGACCAUCAGCAGGUCAGCCGAUCAAGGCUCAGAAGCCCAACGCGCUCAGCGAAGAGGCGCCUUCUGACUUCCGAGAGGUCAUCAAGCGCUAUCGUGCAGGCACCGUGCCGCCGACUAGUAUCGUAACACUCAUCUUCCUACUCUCGCUUCACGCCACCGAGGUCACCGAUAUGCACUUACCGAUCCCUCACGACUCGCAUUCGAUCUUCUAUCCGCACGCGGACCAUCCUCUGCCCUCGCAGCAACGUGCGAACGCCUUCAUGUGGAUUCUCUACCACUAUCUCGAAGGUCCUGCUACGAGACCUCCUGGCGAGCUACCAAACCCCUUCGACGAUGAGACGUCUCUCAACGCCGUCAAGGAGGCCGCAGCAGCCUAUGCCGCUCUCACGGAUGAGGAAAAGAAGAAGCGUGUCAAUGCGCCCUGGAAAGGCCUCGACAACCCCGAAUGGCAGAAGUGGAAGCAGGCGCAAGAAAGUGGCGCCGCAGACACUGUCGCAAAGCGAGGCUCAAGCGAGGACCUCAAGAAGGAGACCGACACCGACGGCGACGUGUCCAUGGAGGACAGCGCCGCCGCCGUCAAACAGGACACCAAGGAGCCGCCUCACUACCUCCACCGUCUGCUCAUGCCUACACUCCAGACGAUCUCACCCGAAGAUGCGGCCCUCGAAAACGCCGAUACGGAAGAAGAACUCCGAUGGGGCAAGCAGAUGCAAGCCGAACGGGCCGCCUUCCUUGCCAAAUUCCAAGAAGAGGAUGCUGCGAAGAACGCGACCUCGACUGGCUCUCCUGCGCCCUCCACCGGCACUGCGGGUGGCAAAGGUCGACGACCCGUGCCUAACACCGACCGUGGUUCUCCCUCGGAAGCCGACGCGUCACGGGCGAAACGACGUCACCCUGGCACCGCGGCAGGCGACAUCUCCAAACGCUCCCGCAUGGCCAGUCCGAUCGACUUUGACGACUCCUCCUCGUCCUCUUCUUCGGAUUCACCACUUGCACUUCCCGCCUCCACGCGCAACCCCCUGACAACCGACCCGUACACCAAUCCAUCCAUCGCCAUCUCCGACCGCAUUCGUCGGCCGCUGUGGGAGCUAGACCUCUCCAUCCCUCGCGCACCGCAGCAGUCGCUAGCGCAGAUCGCCUGGGCCCGCAUCUUGGAGCGCGCCCAACGCGGAGUGGGAGACGCAUGCUACGAGAGCGACGAAGACGAGUUUGCCGAAGCCGAGGCGCUCGAGCCGGAGAGGAGCAGGGCUGAGGUAUGCCGUAUUUUGACCGGGUUGCAGGGUGUUGUGCGACACGAGGUGUUUGAGAGGGACAAUCAUGCGGUGCGGGUCAAGUAUGGGGCGUAUGAGGAGGGGUAUGGUGGGGAGAGGAGGGAGUCUGGGGAUGCGUAUCGGAGGGGAAGCGGGGAGAGGAGUAGGGUGGAGCUGUAUGAGAGCAGUACGCCGGUUGCUGGCAGGACGGGUGGGGUGUACGACCAGGAGGAGAGGGGGAGGGGUGAGGAUGUGGAUGAUCUCGAGGAGGCGCUGCUGGGCGGAGACGAGUCGAGGAGGCAGAGCGUGGGCGGUAGGAACGGGUACACCCCUGUGCGCGCUUGA